UGUCGUCUUUGUGUGGCACUUUUUUUACAGGGACGCCUCUAGUGUCUCACUUCACCAAGAGCUGAAAGGAAGACAUCGGAUCUUCUUGCGGCUCGGGAAAACAUCUUCAUUUCUGACGGACGCUACAAGCUGAGCUGUCAGGAUGAGGGCCGUCUGUCUCCUGUGCCUGGUGCUGACCACAGCAGUGGUUCAGGGGUAUCCUGUCUGGAAGCGAGAUGAAGGCACAGGACCUGCAUGCGGCACCUUCGAGUUCACCUGCCGCAAUGGCAAAUGUAUCGCGGGGGACCAGGUCUGUGACGGCGACGACGACUGCGGGGACGACUCGGACGAGGAGGGCUGCCAGGACUGCGGCUCGGACUUCGCGUGUCUGGACGGACAGUGUAUCCUCUUCGAUAACAUCUGCAACGGGAAACCCGAGUGCGAGGAUGGGUCGGACGAAAACGAAGCAUUUUGCGCGAAAUUAGCAGCUGGGAAGGGAGAAUCAAGGAGGUCUGGCAUUUCAGAAACGCAAGCCGUGAAUUUGGAACAGAAUCUUCUGGAUGCUAUUGUGAAGAAGAAGAAGGAGGAGCAGACCGAUGGAUCGACUGAGAAGAGGGACGCGUUCAUGGCCGAUCUGCAAAAGGCACACGAUUUUGAAAAGAAGUUCUCCAAGGAUGGCCAACUGCACGACCACGGGCUGAAAACAGCGCAGGCGGUGCGCGAGUUUCUGAAGGCUGAUAAAGCAUGGGAGGCCAAGAAAAAGGGCCUGAAAGCACAGGAAUACCGUUCGAAUGAAGAGGAAGUAGGAAAACGAAGUGCUUUCAUGGACGACCUCCUAGACAGCCUUCAGUUUGAGAAGCGGUUCAGCAAGAAGGGAGACCUGUCUGCCAAUGAGAUGAAGACAGCCAAGGCACUCCGAGAGUAUGUUGAAUUCGCCAAGGAAUGGUCGGAGAAGAAGGGACUUUUUGACGACAUUUUUGGCGACUCAUCCUCAUCUGAAGAAGACUCAUCCUCAUCUGAAGAAGACUCGUCCUCAUCUGACGAAGACGGAGACGAAGAGAAGAAACAAGACUCGUCCUCAUCUGACGAAGACUCAUCAUCAUCAUCUUCAUCGGACGAAGAAUCGAAGAAACAAGACUCGUCCUCAUCUGACGAAGACUCAUCAUCAUCAUCCUCAGAGGAAGAAUCGAAGAAACAAGAGGAAUCAUCCUCAUCUGACGAAGACUCAUCCUCAUCUGACGAAGACUCAUCAUCCUCAUCGGACGAAGAAUCGAAGAAACAAGACUCAUCCUCAUCUGACGAAGACUCAUCAUCCUCUUCGGACGAAGACUCGAAGAAACGAGAGGAAGAAGAGGAAGAAGAUGACUCAUCCUCAUCUGACGAAGACUCAUCAUCCUCAGAGGAAGAAGAACGUCGCCUGGCAAAUCGGCUCUACGGGCUUAUUGAAAAGAAUGAGAAGGGCUCGGUUGCGGAUAAGAAAGCACUUGAAUUGGUCAACAUGCUGAAAUCUAAGAAGAGCGAUGAGGAUGACAGUGAUAGCAGUGAUAGCGACAGCAGCGACAGCGAUGACGAAGACAAGAAGAAAAAGGAGGGAAGUAGCGAAGAGGACGACAGCAGUGACAGCAGUGACAGCGCAUCCUCAUCUGACGAAGACUCAUCAUCAUCAUCCUCAGAGGAAGAAUCGAAGAAACAAGACUCAUCCUCUUCUGACGAAGACUCAUCAUCAUCAUCAUCAUCCUCAGAGGAAGAAUCGAAGAAACAAGACUCGUCCUCAUCUGACGAAGACUCAUCAUCAUCAUCUUCAUCGGACGAAGAAUCGAAGAAACAAGACUCAUCCUCAUCUGACGAAGACUCAUCAUCAUCAUCCUCAGAGGAAGAAUCGAAGAAACAAGACUCAUCCUCUUCUGACGAAGACUCAUCUUCAUCAUCCUCAGAGGAAGAAUCGAAGAAACAAGACUCGUCCUCUUCUGACGAAGACUCAUCAUCAUCAUCAUCUUCAUCGGACGAAGAAUCGAAGAAACAAGACUCGUCCUCAUCUGACGAAGACUCAUCAUCAUCCUCAUCGGACGAAGAAUCAAAGAAACAAGACUCGUCCUCAUCUGACGAAGACUCAUCUUCAUCGGACGACGAAUCGAAGAAACAAGACUCGUCCUCUUCUGACGAAGACUCAUCAUCAUCAUCCUCAGAGGAAGAAUCGAAGAAACAAGACUCAUCCUCAUCUGACGAAGACUCAUCAUCAUCCUCCUCAGAGGAAGAAUCGAAGAAACAAGAGGAAUCAUCAUCAUCUGACGAAGACUCAUCAUCAUCAUCAUCCUCAUCGGACGAAGAAUCGAAGAAACAAGACUCGUCCUCUUCUGACGAAGACUCAUCAUCAUCAUCCUCAGAGGAAGAAUCGAAGAAACAAGAGGAAUCAUCCUCAUCUGACGAAGACUCAUCAUCAUCCUCAUCCUCAUCGGACGAAGAAUCGAAAAAACAAGACUCAUCCUCUUCUGACGAAGACUCAUCAUCAUCCUCAUCCUCAUCGGACGAAGAAUCGAAGAAACAAGACUCGUCCUCUUCUGACGAAGACUCAUCAUCAUCAUCCUCAGAGGAAGAAUCGAAGAAACAAGACUCGUCCUCUUCUGACGAAGACUCAUCAUCAUCAUCCUCAGAGGAAGAAUCGAAGAAACAAGACUCAUCCUCUUCUGACGAAGACUCAUCAUCAUCAUCAUCAUCCUCAGAGGAAGAAUCGAAGAAACAAGACUCGUCCUCUUCUGACGAAGACUCAUCAUCAUCAUCCUCAUCGGACGAAGAAUCGAAGAAACAAGACUCAUCCUCAUCUGACGAAGACUCAUCAUCAUCCUCCUCAGAGGAAGAAUCGAAGAAACAAGAGGAAGAAGAGGAAGAAGAUGACUCAUCCUCAUCUGACGAAGACUCAUCAUCCUCAGAGGAAGAAGAACGUCGCCUGGCAAAUCGGCUCUACGGUCUGAUUGAAAAGAAUGAGAAGGGCUCGGUUGCGGAUAAGAAAGCACUUGAAUUGGUCAACAUGCUGAAAUCUAAGAAGAGCGAUGAGGAUGACAGUGAUAGCAGUGAUAGCGACAGCAGCGACAGCGAUGACGACGACAAGAAGAAAAAGGAGGGAAGUAGCGAAGAGGACGACAGCAGCGACAGCAGUGACAGCGAUGAAGACGGCAAAAAGAAAAAGGACUGGUUUGGACAAAGCCUGCAGCUGGUGAAGAAGACCCUUACCAUGUUGAAGAAAGAGAUGGUAAGCGAGGCCAGCUCAUCUGAUGAGGACUCGGACGAGUCCGACAAAGAAGAGGAGCGCAAACGUCUUGUCCAAGAGAGCCUGGCUGUUUAUCAGCAGUACCUGAGGGACAACAAGAAGGACAAGAAGGCAUGCUCUUCAUCGUUCGGUGAAUGUAAGAAAGAUGGCGACUGCUGUGGAAAAAAUGCCAAAUGUGUCAAACAGAUGAACUUGCAGUACUGUUUGAAUGCCUAAAUG